AUGGCCAGGUUCACGGCAUCGGGCUACGAGCUAGUAGUGACGAUCUACGCAUAUGUCGCGACGGUUUCGGAAGAUGCUCAUACCAAGGUUGCCAGCAGAAUCGGCUUUUCGAGCCGCAAUCCCCAUGUCUGGAUCUCAAUUGAUGAGGUAGAAGCGAGGUGUAAUGUGUCGAAUCUGGGGAUCUCCACUUCUCAUCUCGGGGUAAACGGCUACCACGGAUGGAAGAAUACACGCUUGCUAGCCACAUGGUUUCCCGGACACGACGAGCUCAACUCAGUCAGCGACACACGUAAUGUCUGGCCGAACGAUGCCGACUUGUCGUGA